GCCAGUAAAAGCGGCGCGGGCCACAGCCUCGGCACUGAAGACCAUGGCACAAGCGAACCUCCAGCUGGUGCUGGGCCUGGCCCUGCUCGCGGUCUGCCUCCUGGCACUGCCUCGCGACGCCGGGGCCCGACCACAGGAGGUCAUGGUCGGAGGAGUGCAAGACCUGUCGCCUAGUGACCCGCAGGUGCAGAAGGCAGCGCAGUCGGCCGUGGCCAGCUACAACAUGGGCAGCAACAGCCUCUACUACUUUCGCGACACGCACAUCCUCAAGGCGCAGAGACAGCUGGUGGCUGGCGUCAAGUACUACCUGACCUUGGAGAUGGGGAGCACCGACUGCCGGAAAAGUGCAGUGGCUGGAGACCACAUAGACCUCACCACCUGCCCGCUGGCCGCAGGAACGCAGGAGGAGAAGCUGCGCUGUGACUUCGAGAUCCUUGUGGUUCCCUGGGAGAACUCUACAAGACUUCUAAAGCAUCACUGUGUGCCCGUGUAGUAGGCCCCAGUGCCAUGGGGCGGGAGGGCACAGGCCCAUUGGCGGAGGGCACUUCGGGUCCAUGGGUCACAUCCGUCGCAAUAAAUCACUAGCACUAC